AUGGGUUCCACUUCUGAUUCCUACUCAUCUAGCCAGGAAACACUGGCUACUUUAGAAAGUAAUACAAUUUAUGAUUUCAUUCCUUCGUAUAUCAAUCUAGGCUUCCAAAAAGAAUUAAAGCUUAAAAUCAUUCGUGAUACUACCAAUCCCGUUGUACUGGAAAUAUUGGGUUCUGAAAAAUUUGGAUUCAUUGAGAAUAAAGUUAGAAGUAAGUGUUGGCACUGUCUUUUGUCUAGGCAAUUAAGAUUAGAGAAUUCCAGGAAUAAUGACGUUCUAAUAGAUCAUCCUGAUGAGAAUCAAAUCAAUUUGGACGUAAAAAGAUCCUUCUCGUUCGUUGAGAAUACCAAGCAUAGGGAUUUCUUGAAAGAUUUACUUUCCCGCAUUAUCAUUGGAAUUUUCAGAAAGCAUCCUAAAUUGAGAUACUACCAAGGUUAUCAUGAUAUCGUCUCGCUCUUCAUAUUAGUGUGGCAUUCAAAUGAGGAAGUGGAUUUAUCACUCAGUACAAUGAUAUUGAGUGCUGUAGACGCUCAAUUUGACACUGUAUUUGAGUGUGUGGAAAUCUUUACUUUGGUUUAUCUAAGGGAUUUUAUGAUGAAUUCACUAGAUUUUCCCAUUGAUCAAUUGAAAUUAAUCUCCCAUUUAAUUAAAGAAAAGGAUCCAGACCUAUACCAUUCUAUGAAACUUGAUAAAAUCAGUCCUUUCUUUGCCAUAUCAUCAAUUUUAACUUUCUUUUCACAUGAUUUAAAGCCAACGAAUGAAAAUUCGAUUAUAUGGGAAAUUUUUGAUUUGAUAAUAAGUAAAAAUUCAAGUUUUAUACCUAUUUUAAUCUUUACGAAUUUUAUUCUUAUGCAAAAGCAGAAAUUGAUUGACCAAAUCAAUUUGAAUACGGAGAAUUUUGAUAAUGAAACAGAUCUUAUUCAUGCUUCAAUACAGCAAAUUUUACUGACAUCUAUAUCUAAUGAAAAUUUCUUCUUCAAAAUAAUGACAAUUACAAGAUUGAAUUACAAUCGUGACGUCAAACUUUUAUCUAAGGUUUUAUUCGACUCAAGAAUUAUUAACUGUGGGAGCCCGUUGUUAACCACAGCAAAAGGUAAUAACAAGACGCUAUUUGACACAAAAGAUAUAGAUAAUUUGAUUGAUAAACAAAUCAAGAUCAAUGGGACGCGGAAAAAUAUCAGACAAACAAACACAAGGUUCAAUAUAGUCCUCUAUCAUGUCAUUAAUAACAAGCAUCUCUUGGUCAAACUGUCAAUUCUUGUUGGUUUACUUGCCAUCAUAUCAAAAUUCUCUAAUAGAAACCUCAUCUGGGAAACAUAUCAUAAGACCAAGAAAGUGUGGCUAGAUCCAUUACACUGCCUACUUCAUAAUCCCACGUCAUAUCUUUAUUCAAAUAAUAAUUAA